ACUAUGCGCGAUGACGUCACCCGCAUGCUCGCGCUGUGCUUGUUGUGGCGUUCCCUUCCUCCGCAUUCGUCCCUCCGUGCUGUCGCCGGAGUUCGCCAGGAACUGGAGGAAGGUUUUAUCCGUCGUGACAGCUCGUUCUCCUCAACUUUCCCAAGUCCAGGUUGUGCCUGAAAGACGGAGAAGAGUAUCGUGUCUGUGUCUUCGAUGCAUGGGAGUGCCCUGCGAGCGGAGAAGGGAGAGAAGACAGUGCUGGUGGUCCUGACCGUUCAGCAGGAUGAGUGAGGCAGAGGGCCAGUUCUACAGCGUCCAGGUGGGAGACUCCACCUUCACCGUACUCAAGCGCUACGAGCAGCUCCGCGCCAUCGGCUCCGGCGCCCAGGGCAUCGUCUGCUCUGCUCUAGAUUCAGUCCUCGGGGUACCGGUGGCAGUGAAGAAGCUGUGUCGACCCUUCCAGAACCAGACGCACGCUAAGCGGGCCUACAGGGAGCUGGUGCUGCUAAAAUGUGUCGGCCACAAAAAUAUCAUCCGUCUGAUCAAUGUGUUCACGCCUCAGAAGUCCCUGGAGGAAUUCCAGGACCUGUACCUUGUGAUGGAGCUGAUGGAUGCCAGCCUCUGCCAGGUGAUCCACAUGGACCUGGACCAUGAGCGGAUGUCCUACCUGCUCUACCAGAUCCUCUGUGGCAUCAGGCACCUGCACUCUGCCGGCAUCAUCCACAGGGACCUGAAGCCCAGUAACAUUGUGGUGAAGUCGGAUUGCACUUUAAAGAUCUUGGAUUUUGGCCUGGCUCGGACGGCCUGCACUAACUUCAUGAUGACUCCCUACGUGGUGACCAGAUACUACCGCGCCCCCGAGGUCAUACUGGGCAUGAAGUAUAAGGAGAAUGUGGACAUCUGGUCAGUGGGGUGCAUCAUGGGAGAGAUGGUAAAGGGCGGCGUCAUCUUCCAGGGCACGGACCACAUCGACCAGUGGAAUAAGGUGAUUGAGGUUCUGGGCACGCCCAGUCAGGAGUUUAUGAACCGGCUGAUGGAGACGGUGAGGAACUACGUGAUGAACAAGCCGCAGUAUCCCGGUGUCAGCUUUGCCGAGCUCUUCCCCGACUGGGCCUUUCCUUCUGACUCCGAACACGACAAGCUGAAGAGUCAAGCACGGGACCUGCUGUCCAAAAUGCUGGUCGUUGAUCCCGAAUGCCGCAUCUCCGUGGAAGAAGCCCUCAAUCACCCGUACAUACACGUGUGGUACGACCCCGGAGAGGCCGACGCGCCUCCUCCCCAGAUUUCAGAUAAACAGCUGGAAGAGAGGGAGCACUCCAUCGAGCAGUGGAAAGAACUCAUCUAUGACGAGGUGAUUGAUUGGGAAGAGAGGAACAAGAAUGGACUGAUGAAAGAAGACUGUUCAGAUCUGGUGUCGGGUUCGGCCUCCGCAUCCUCAUCAGCCAACGACAUCUCGUCCAUGUCCACGGAGCACACCGUGGCCUCGGACACAGACAGCAGCAGCAUCGACACACUGACGGGACCGCUGGACGAGAGUCAGUGAACACAGUCCAUGGCCACAUCGUUCUGCCUGCCUCUCCGAUCUGCAAUAUCCAGAUAUCAAUCCGCCAUCACCUUCCUUUCACUCCCCCCUCAUUUUCCGAUCUUUUGUUUCUGUUCUGUGUUUUUCUUCUUUCCUCUUCUGAAUAGGUCUAUUUUUCUAUUUUCUUCCUGUUUAUGAUCUCGUUCAACAUCCUAGAUGUCUAAGCUGUCUAUUGGGUUAAAGGUUUAUCUUCCUCUUCUUUGUGGAUAUUGUUUGCCUUGAUCGAGUAUAUAUGAUGUAUGCAUCCAUAUUGGCUUCCAGGUUGCCAGGAGUAGGCGGGGGGAAUUGUUGUUCGUUCUGUAUGCCUGUGUUUUAAUAGUUUUAUUUUUUUAGCGAAGAUUAUCUUGAGACCAGAGGUCAUCAAAUUAGAACAGACACGCACUGAAAAUAGACCACAGCUGCUGUCACGCAUGUUACGCCAAUACGAACAAAAGCUUACCGUAAGUCCGCGUGAAGAGGAUCAAACACUCGUCCAAAGUUUGACCGGUCCUCUAGCGAGCUGGCAGUGUUACAGAUCACAGUGGGGCUUUCUGCGCCGCUCUUUAAUCCGUUGCCUUGAGUGAUGUGGAAGUUGAGAUGUUCCUCCUGACAGCCGGGGGAAGCUGUGGUUGCAGUUACAUUUUUUUAUUUCCUGAUAUAAUGUACUGUAUGUAAAGAUCAUAGUGGCUGUUGACCCUGUCAUUAUAAAUGGAUAAAGUGUGCUUGUUUUGUUCAACAUUUCUGUAGAGCUGUAUAUUGCAUCCGCAUUGGACAUAAGGUACCGACUAACAAUGUGUGUUUCAAAACAAUAUCACAAUCCUGUAAAUUUGGGAGAGGCAAAAAAAAAAAAAAGGAUACAUGUGGUUAUUUAUUUUUGUGUUCUUGCAAAAAUGUUGCACACAAUCACAUUGCUGCCCGUGUACAAGAGGCCUCUUGUCUGUUCUAAACCAUUCCAUUCGUACUGGAGCAGUCACAAACACCAUCAAGAAUCAGACAUCCUGUAGAUAAAGGCAGUACGACACACAUAAUGGUGUUCAACUUGCAUGACGGCGUUAAAGAUGCCAAUACGAUACCGUAGUUCUCGUUAUACAGAGAAAUCCGUUCAGGUCCGUUCUUUUAUUACAGUACCUUGAUGUCCUUGGUUCUGAAAGCCUGUUUGAUGCAGAUGUGUUUUUUUUGUUUUUUUUUGCCUUGUGAGCAUUGUGUGUGUGUGUGUGUGUGUGUGUGUGUCUUAUCAAAAUGUACUGUGCAGCGCUCUCAUUAUCUCCUUUGAAUCGUCCUUAAAGACAGCAGUCGCCCGGUUGUAAGGGCCGAGUCUAUGGAGGAAGUCGUCCCCUCAACAAAGAGCAAACGUGCGGUUUAAAAAGGAGGAUGUGUGGAGUCCUGGAUGGAAAUCUGCACCUUUGGAACUCCAGAUGGAAACUUAAAGAUGAGAGAAAUGGACUGUGGAGCUGCUUUUUUGCAGAACUGAUUGCACAUUGCGAUGGACAUGCAGAGAUAUGACACGAUGGCGUCACUGGGGUUUUAAAUGUUGCACACUAUGCUUUUUCGUUUUUAAUAACGUGACCUUAUUUCAGUCAUGCCUUUAAACGACCGAUGGAGCGGCAAUUUCACUCUCACAACUCUUAUCAGAGACGGACUGAGCACCACAGUGCUCGGACCUCCUUACCACCAUUACUGUGUUGUAAAAACAAAUCGCUUCAUUGUACACACUGAGCAUCUCACGUUUCUGUUCAGUUCAUUUCUCCUUUUAUUUUCAGAGAUGUCCUGUGCGACUGCAAUGACCACAAUAUAAUCACCCGGCCAACAUCUUUUCUCCUCCCGUAACUAAUAAAGUGGACAUCGGUGAUACGUUU